GUACGAUGUAGUACAGACUGCACAACUUGUCUGGUUCAUUGCCCGUUUCUGCAACCUGAAUGGAAUUCCGACUUGUGGGAUGGCCGAUUGAGAUCCAUCUCUUCUCUGUUAGUUUUCUUUUCUGUUCUUUUCUUUCUGUUUAUUGUUUUACUUCUCUUUUCUAUCAUGCUUCCACAAUCUCUCUUUUCUUUUCUUUUCUUUUCUUUUAUUUAUUUGUUCAUUUAUUUAGUCACUCUGAAAUUAAUUGGUAUCUUGCUUGAAAUAGAUAGAUCGAUCUCAGAUGAGGAGUAGUACCAAAAGUAAGUGGUGGUCUUCGCGCCAUCCCUGAAAAUGAUCCAUGGGCAUCAUUGUAAUUACUCACUCACUUCCUCACUGACUUAUUAAUAUUAUUAUUAUUC